UAUUCCAAAAAUCUGAUCAAUUCUUUUUUUUCAUCCAAUUUCAAUUUGAACUAUUAAUUGUGGACAUUUGACAGCUGUAAAUAUUGGAGGAUAUAGGGAUAUUGAUGGAACCUCCUACUACACAUCUGACUACCAAUCAUACAGAUCUCUAUAGAUGUUUAUACUAACGAUGCUACAAUGCAGUAACACCUGUAUACAUUGUUGUGUUCAGGAAUUAACUCUAUUGCAAAAGAUAAUGGUAUUGAGUAAGAAGAGCAUCGAAAGACUUACGGUUCACGAUUAUAGAUUUCUGACAAGACAUUUUUAAUUACAGUAUUAUUAAAAAACAUGUGCGGUUGCACCAGCUGAUACAUGGAGUUAUUAAAAAACAUAGAUUGCAAUUAAAAAACUUGUGUUAUUUGAAUUAUUCAGAUGGGACACUUCUGGACGUAUUAUGAAAUGGAAAAUCUAACGGAGGAAGAUUAUGCCGAUGAAAUGAUGAAAAUUAUGGACGAAUUCAAAAACAUUUCUAAUGAUGUAAAGGAUAAUAAUGUCUUAGAAGAAAAAGCGUGGAGGAUAUUUAUCAUUACUUUAUAUGCUGUGGUGAUUGUAGUUGGAUUUGUUAAAAAUCUUGUUGUGUUUACUGUUAUUGUAAAAAGUAAACAACUUCAUACUGUGACAAAUAUUUUUAUCGCAACGCUAGCAUUGUCGGACAUUAUGUUGUGUGUAUUCAAUCUACCAUUCCAGCUUCAUUAUCAAAUGACUUCCUAUUGGUCUUUUGGAAGAAUUUUGUGCCACACAAUUAUGCCGCUCUUUGCUGUUCCUAUUUUUGUCUCAACGGCAGCCAUGUUGAUGAUAGCUAUUGACAGGUACAUGUUAAUUGUGUAUCCCUUCAUGGACAGAAUGACAAACAAAACAGCAAUAAUUAUCGUAAUUUUAAUUGUUGUCCUGACUAUUUGUUUUGCAAUUCCUUCAAUUUUACAUAUGCAAUUGCACGAAGUUGAUAUACCUGAAAUUAACUAUCACAGUAGCCAGUGUAUAGAAAACUGGCCAUCAUCGAGUCGCACAGAACAAUUUUUAUACAGUACUGGUGUCUUCGUUGUACAAUUCGCCAUUCCAUUAAUAAUCAUAGCGAUUCUUUACUUUAGAAUUUUUCUUGUGUUGAAAAACAGACCAAAUAAAAGACAUGAUGUUAUGAGGAAUCAAAAGACAAACAAAAUAUUAGUAGCCAUUGUUUUAUUAUUCACAAUCUUUUGGUUACCAUGGAACUUGUUUGGAUUAAUUUUAAGUUUCAAAAGUACUUCAAUAUUAAAUUCAUCUUUUAAGCCUUAUAUAAAUGUGACAGAUUUACUGCUGAAAAUAAUAGCCAUGAGCACGGCCUGUGUGAAUCCGUAUUUAUACGGUUGGUUAAAUGACAAUUUCCGUAAAGGAUUGGAAAAUAUGUUCCAUGGACGAUGUAAAUUAAAACAAUUCCAAAGAUGCAGUAAUGGUGUAACAAUGCAUAAUCCCUCACGGACAAUAGAUGUGGGAUUAACGACAGCUUUGUGAAAUAUUAUAUGCUCUAAAAAAGUUAUCAAUGAGUUUAUCAAACAGAGACAUCUGUGAUUCAGAGGAUAUUUGCAAAUGGUUGUAAUUAUUACAUUUCUGGUACUCAAGUUAUUUUUUCAUUAAAU